AUGUUGGUCUAUGAAACAAUGAAUGAACAACCUUUCCGCUUUAGUGCGUUCAACAACGAUUUACUGCGACUUCCUCCAGAGAAAUUCAAAUAUUUGGUUUCAACCGCCCGUGUUAACCGAGAAAUAAUUAUGAGCGGAAAGGUCAUAAAAAUAUCGAAUAAUAGCUUUGCCUAUCACCUGGAAAUGAGUGAAACAAGAGAAUUGCUGGUCAUGAAUGCAUACAAAACUCUGUUUGGUUACAGCAUAUACACAUUUGAAAAGAACCACAAGUUGAGGAAAAUUGGUUGGCUAAAGGUAAACCUGAAGAAAAAUGAAUUUGUGCUAUAUGAAGGCGAAAAGGAUACCAUAAUAGUAAAAUACGCGAAUAUCAUGUAUGAUCAAAAGCUCUUUCAUGAUAUGGAAGUUAUUUACACCACGGAGGGUGAUUCUGUAUUAGAGCGGUACAAUAGCAAUGAACUGGAUAAAAUUAUAAGACUGGCGAACAAGAAGCCGCGGUAUAACAAAGACAGAGAUUUGUAUACGCUCAAUUACAAUAACAUGUCCAUUAUCCCUUCAGAAAGAAACUUUCAGCUGGUGCAUCCCAAAUUGCCAGACUACAUAAACCUGAGCUUCGGUGCAAAUUCAGAAAACGAUUAUAAGCUGAACUACUCGUUUCCAUGGAAUGCUCUGCAGGCAUUUGCAAUCAGUCUUACUGCCUUGUUAUUUGAGAGCUGAAGUGGCACGAGUUAUGGCCACCUCCCCGAAUACGAUCUGCUGUUGUUAUACGAUGACAAAAUUUAGCACCGCUCUGCUUACAUUAUCUGAAAAUACGGUGGCGAAGAACGCAAAAAUAGCAAUUAUUUUUUUAAUCACCCGCCACCACGGCCAGACCACCCGUGAAUUCACAAAAAACAAAGAGGAAUAA